CGUGUUUCUACGCGAUGGGUUCUCAAGAUCUGACACAUGGGAGGUUCGCUUUGAAUUGUAGCUUAAAAACUCGAGGUGGCCCAGACUCAGAGAGGUGCAGGGGCUCGUCCAGGGUCACAGAGCUGAAGCCGAGCCGGGCCCCGAGCCCGUGUGUGUUUGUCACACUGAAGCAGCCACACUUUCUCUUCCCCAUUUAUAAUUCUUGCUCCUUGAACACCCCUCCCCCGACCCAAGAAGCUACUGUGAGACCCUGGGGUCCUCAUGGAGUCCCAGCUCGGCCACCGAUGAGCUGGUGGCCCAGGAUGAGUGUGGAAUUUGAGGAGAUGAGAAAGUGCCUAUUUCCUUACUUGUAUAUCGCAGGCAGCUCCCAACGGAUCGAUGCCAGCCAAAUGAUGACCAGUUGUGGCCAGCAGUCCUUGAACGUGCUCACCGUCCUCUCGUUGCUGAUUUCUGCAGUCUUGUCCGCGCAUUUCCGGGUCUGUGAGCCAUACACGGACCACAAAGGCCGCUAUCACUUUGGCUUCCACUGCCCCCGGCUCUCGGACAACAAAACCUUCAUUCUCUGCUGUCACCAUAACAACACGGUUUUCAAAUACUGCUGCAACGAGACAGAGUUUCAGGCGGUGACGCAGGCGAACCUCACGGCCGGCUCCGAGGGCUACGCACACAACAAUUACACCGCCUUGCUGGGGGUGUGGAUCUACGGCUUUUUCGUGCUGAUGCUGCUGGUCCUGGAUCUUUUGUAUUACUCAGCAAUGAACUACGACAUUUGCAAGGUUUACCUGGCGCGGUGGGGCAUCCACGGACGAUGGAUGAAACAGGACCCCCGGCGGUGGGGCAAUCCUGCCCGGCCCCCCCGGCCAGGGCAGCCCGCCCCGCAGCCCCAGCCUCCCCCAGGCCUGCUGCCGCAAGCCCCCCAGGCCGUGCACACGCUUCAGAGAGAGGCCCACAGCCCACCACUGAUGACCUUCCAGAGUUCGUCUGCCUGAAAACCCUUUUGCCGUGCCUCAGGAUGGGGGAGGUGAGACCCGAAGCACCCGGCACAGCCUCCAAGGAGACCAACGUCAACAGAGACCCCAGGGAGAGCCGAGGUGGCUGCGGAAGGAAGGCAGAGGAAGAAAUGCCACCUGUGCCCACAACCCCCUUCCGUGGACUUCUAAGACUAGGAGCAAACUCAGGGGUGGGGGCCAGGGGUUCUAACGGAGGGGGCUCUUGAGCCACCUGUCUGCAAGCAAUAGUCCCAUUCUGGGCUGGUGGCUUCUGAGAGGGGACGCCAUUGUGGACUCAGGAUGACCAGCACAUUCAAGCUGCAGGGAUUAGGCCUGUGCACCGUACCUGUGGGCCCCUUGCCUCCAGUCCCUCCAGUUGUGGCCUGUGAGCCUUUGUUCAGAAUACUGAAUGUGAGUGUGUGUGUGUGUGUGUGUGUGUGUGCAUAAGUGUGUGUUUGGAGGUGUGACUUGGGGUGUUCUUUUUGUUUGGUUGUGUGUUGGUUUCUAUUGGAAUCCCUGCGAGUCCUCUAAUGGGCACAGGUCACCAGUGGUGGGGGCCCUGGUCAGCGUCCCCGUUCAAACUUCUUGCUGUAGCGGUCAGCCGUGAACCCCCUGGAGUCACCAACAUGAGGCAUGGUCCCGCUAUGUCUCAGAGGACAUGGGGAUUUGAAAAUGCUAGUGAGGGUUUGUUCUUAUGGAAUUUACUCCCCUAACUAUGUAAUAAUAGGUGAUGAGGCAUCUCGGGCCAUCCACGGGACAGGCACGGGGCCGCGUGUCUCCAUGCACUCCCUCUCUCACUGCCCGGGAGGGGGUGUGGUGAGCCCCCUGCAGAAAUGGCUCUGAGCAGGGAAGGUGCCCAGGGUCACACAGCCAAGAAGAGACCAGACACUCUGUUUGAUCUUAGGGGUGUAGGAACCAAAAGUCCACACUCCCCAGCCCAGGGGACCCCCAGCACAAUCCCUGGGACAUCUCCCCACUUGCCUCUCAGUGGACUGACUGUUGCCUCAAGUUCUCCACCAUCACUGCCCUGAAACCCUCAUCCACACAGCACAUUCUGUUAAGCACUUUCUGUGUGUCAGACCCCAGGCUGGGCAGUGAUGGGAACUGGCCAUGAGUCAGGCAGGCCGGGUCCCUGCCCUGGAGGGAGGCCACCAUCUGGUGGGAUAGAUACACAGAUCUGAGCUGAACACAGUGAUGAGGGCUGUGGAAGCCCCAAGGGAAGUUUCUAGAAACCAUUCCACUUUAGAUUUCUGCAUAAACCCGGAUGCCUAUAACAUCCAUCCCCAGAGGUCCCCACCACCACCCACCCCACUGGCCGAGAGCACACACAUGGAAGGGCAUUGCCCGGGAAACCUUCACAUAAAUCCCCAAGGACCACAAGGCCAGUGUAGACACACCCAUUCCACUGGGGGAGAUUCCAGAUCUCCCCCAGCUCUUAGAGCAGUGGACCCUGCUCAGCAAACGUGUGUCCCUCUGAUGGUGUGUCCGCACUCAGCCGGACUCUUGCACGUGUGCUGUCUGCCCUCCAGACACACCGGUGAGCGGGUGGUGCUCGUGGUGCUGGUUGGCGAGCUGGGGAGCGAGGGUCGGCGAAAAGUGAAUCGUGCGUGAAUAAGGACGCUGCGCGCUGGGCCGACAACUGAGUCAGAACAGUCUGUUCGUGAGGGGCUCGUCGAGGUUGGGCGGUCUGGGAAUGCCUUUCUGAGCAGGUGACAGUGAAGCCCGGAUCUGAAUGAUAAGCGAGAGCCAACCACGGGCAUUAAAGACGGGGUUGGGGGGUGGGGGGAGUGCAUCCCAGCACGAAGGCCCUCGGACAGCAGCGUGCUUGAUGCUUUCAAAGACCCAAAGAAAUCCAGGAUGGCCGGAACCGGCAGGAGGGCAGAGGGGUUGAGGGGGAAGGGAGUCCAGGCUCUCCGCAAGGUGUACAGACACAACACCCCAUCCUUUGAUAAGGCAUUUUCCAACUCCAUAAGGAAAGGACUCUCCCCGUUUAGUGGACUAGGAAUCUGAGACUCAGGUAGGUCCGUGACCUGCCCAAGCUCACCAGGCAGGCUGGGGCAGAGCAAACCCCAUUUGGGGUGUUGAGUAGGGAUGAGCACAUCUUCCUUUCCCUGGAUGCUAUGGGCAGCCCUGGAGAGGGGCUCAGCUCCCUCCGGCCCAGGGGGAUCAACCCUCCCUUGCAUCAGAUGUGCAGAGCCUUGGGAAUCGGGGGAACCCAAGGCUUGGGGGGUUACAAGACCCAGAUUCUGACAUCAGCUCUGCACUCAGAGUGGUGUGACCUUGGGCCAGGCCUGUGCCUUCUCCACCCUCAGUUUCCCCCUCGGUAAGAGGAAGGAGUCAGACCAGGUCUUAGGGAGGCUGACAUCUCAGGCCUCCUGUGGUCCCGGGUGACGCUCACGCAGCUGCUUACACAGAGUUCCUUCCUUGGGCGGGAAAGAGCUGGCUGCCUCCCCGGCCUGGGGGCCUGAGCCAGAGGCUGCUCUCACCUAGACCAGCCAGGGCUAGGACCCACCUGGUCCGCAGUCCCGAGAAUUACAGCUGGCUUCUGGCCCCCUCCCGCAGUCUUUUCGGGAGUGACCGGUAACCCUGUAGGGCUUGGGAUGGAACAUUCUGUUGGAAUGGAGGCCUCCCACGUGUAGCUCGGCACGCAUCACAGGCGGGGGCGUGGGAGGGAGGAAACAACAGUCACUACCUCUGAGUGGCUGAGGGGUGAGAUGGGGCGCAGGGCCUGAGCGCCCCGAGUGGAGGGCACGGCUGCGGGGAAGGCACGUGUGAGCAGGGCUGUCCCCCCACAAUGUCCAGGGCUCCUCAAAACCCCACAGGAGCCCGGUUCGUCCCAGCCAAAACCCGCCCGCCCCUCUCCCUACUGCGGCAGGCCACCGUGCCCAUCGGUAGUGUCCCCGAGAAUAAGACACAGGGUAGUGAUAAGUUCAAGUAGAGAUUUUCAGAGUUAGUGUUUUUAGUGACUUCCAAACCCAAUCUUUCAAGCCGCCUCUGUUUACGUUCUCCUGUGAGCUUCUGGCAAUCCCCACGUCAUUUGUUAGUACAAAAAGAGAAAUAAAAAACAGAGAAAGAAGAAGACAACGCACCUUCCCGGGGAAUCUGUGCCCGACGCCGGUCUGUGUCGUGACUCCUGCUUGCAAGGCCUCUUCCCGCUGGGAACGGUGUGUCGUGGACGCACGGCGUCUGCUUUUCCUCUCGCUUGUGUAUGGUGUGAUCUGUGUGUUUUGGAACCGAUUCAGAACCAAUACCCAGGCCCUCGGCCCUCACCUUAACCUCCGAAGUCACCCUGAGCCUCAGUCAGGGAGCGGCCCGCCCCUGCCAACGACGGGCCCGGAGCUGCCAGCCGCCAGGGGCACGUCGGACACUGACCGGGACCGGUAGGAAACAGCCUUAGUCGAAAACACACACACAGGAACACGCAUGUGCCCACACACACACCUACACACGUGCACACACGCGGGGGCAUCCAGGCCCUCUUGUUGUCUUUGAUACCUAAGAAAAAUAGGCCAGGGCUAGCAAGGGUGGGUGGUCCUUCCCUUCAUUGUGCAAAAUAGCAUUCAGGGAAAUGUGGAAAUGUGGCCCCAGGGCUGGAAAGGACUUGGGAAGGGGGUGGGGGAUGGGAUCAGGGACAACACCGUGAGGAAUGUGGGAUAACAGCCUUCUGCCAAGAGACACUUCCAGGCUCACCAUCAAAUCCAAAGCUCGCUCUCGGUCAUUUCAGUCUCAGCGAGACUGUAGGAGUGGCCAUGCCUGGCAUCAUCCCCCGCGCGGACCCCAGACCCUCGUCUGCACCAGGUCGGUGUCCUGACCCUCUGCCUUUCCUCCAGCCCAGGCCCUGUCCACCGGCUCAGCUGACCCCCCAUCCACUGUGUCUGCUAGAGUCUCCUAGAUCCCUCAACAACCCAAAUCCACGUGAUAGCCCCAAGUGAUGUCAUUGGGGGCACUUCUUGUCCGUGGUAAGGGGCAGCCUUGUCAUCACAGGGAGCCGCUAUGCCUCCCCGCCCCUGUCGUCUGCUAUGGGAACUUGAGGUUGGACUCAUAGAAGGGACUUUCAGGAGUUCUUGAUCUUACCGCUUACCUGGUGAGUAUCAGAUGGGGUCUAGGUGCUCCCCGUAAACCGACUGCAAGGUCGGGGGGCAGCCAGCCCCCCCGGGGAGCGGUGACACCGUGCUCACUGCCACCUGCAGCCCCAGAGCCCAUCACCAGCCCAGGCUGGGGCAAUGCCAUUUACCCUGCAGCACGUGGACACCACACACCUGCUGUGCGACUGACACCCCACGAGGCUCCCAGCCUGCCUUGCAACACACCCAGCCGCACAUGGCAGUCAAGGGGACGGACACAACCUUGGAGUCCGUGGCCUGAAAAAUAGAUGUUGAAGUUGAGCAGUCAGGCGCGAGAGAUAGAAGAUUCUAGAAAAUCCAUUUGCUCAUGCAUGCAUUCCUUCAUCUGUUCAACAAAUAUUUGUCCUUCUCUGAACCCAGCGCGCACGUGGGAGCAGUUUGUGCCGAACACGGAGAUGUCGGGGAACAUGCGCAUGUCCGUGGGAGAGGCUGGGAUCCCCCGAGAAGUGAUUAGUUGUCCCCAACAUUUAGGAACGCCCAGAUCCACAAAGCAAACAGCUUGCCCCUCUGUGAGAGUGACCCUGGAGGUGGCAUUGUCCUUACCCCUCAAGUUCUCAGUACCAGACCCUGCCAGAUAGUUGGUGCCCGAGAGAUGCUUGGUGAGUGAGCUGCUCUGACCCUUAGUCACACUGUCCCUAAAACUACUAUCUUUACAUCAAAACCCUGAUGCGUUUGCCCUUGACAGAGUGACAUUCAGGACUGCGGCAGGGCCCACCCCCCAGCGGUACCAUUCACAAUGCUGUCACCAAAAUGGUCCUGGGUCCCCAGGAACAGCGUUUCUACAGACCACAUUGGAACAGCAACCCCCGGGCUGGAGCAGUGAGGUCCCGUGGAUUGCCCUACGCCGCCCUCCAAAAUGUGCAGGAGCCGAUGGAAGUCGAUAAACAGGCCGGGGGGUGGGGCGGGGGACGUGGAUCCCUGGGGCACACGGUUGCAAGUCGCGGAUGGUACCGCCACCACGGGCAUCCAGUGGGACCAAACUGGUGACCUGAGCGAAUGUCUUCUUGGAGCCCCGCCUGGGUUCUCGUGUGUGUUCUUUCUGUCUCUCCCCCUUCUGUAUGUUCAAGCUGGUGGGAUGCAGAUCGGCAAGCAGUCAGUCUGGGUCAGGUGCACUAACUAAGUGGGGUGCCGAAGGGGAAGGGCUCAGUCGCCCCAACAAGGCAGGACCGCCACCACCCCCCCCCGGCUGGUGUGUCCACCCCAGGGUCCGCCACACUAGGGCACACACGUGAGGGUGGGAUAGGGCGGUCCCUCUCUCCUGCGCACCCCGACUUCCCGUGAGUAGGCACAGGGUCUCCCUGAGAGCUGAUAACCGGGAAAACCAAAAACCAACAAUAUUCCUGAUAAUAAUAAUGUAAUAACAAUAAUAAUAAUAAUGUAUUUUACACUGCGCUACGCUGCUUUUGUCUUUAUAUACAGUAGUUUUUAUAAAGAUGCCCUUAGGUUUUAAUAAAGG